AUGUCGCUCCGUGUUAUCGUUGUGGGUGGCGGCAUCUGCAGCCUCUCCGCUGUCAUCGCUCUUCGCCGGGCAGGUCACCAUGUGACUGUGUAUGAGAAAUACUCUGCCGACGCAGAUGCUGGGGCCGGGGUUGUUGUGGGCGCAAAUGCCAUCAAGGUUCUCAAGCAAUGGGGCCUUGAUAUGGAAGGCUCCGGCUUGCUGAAAUACAAAGCCGGCUAUGUCUCGGAGGGCAAAACGCUCAAGAUAUUGGACUUUGUCUAUGGAGAGGAAAGCACAUUAUAUGGCCACAAGGCCGGACUUGAGAGCAAUGUUGAGAAGGGAGGUUGA